CAUUAUGGGAACAAUUAAAAGGAAAGACAUGGCAAUGACAGAGCCGCUCUUGACAUAGUUUUCUAUCAGCCCUACUUCAGACAAGGUGACAUUAACACAAGACAGUCAUGCUUCUAAUAACAUUGUUGAUGUUUACCAUUUCCCUCAUACAGCUGGGAAGUGCAGAUUAUAAUAUCGACGUUAUUUCACUCAAUGGAUUAUCGGAAAAUCCUGUGGUAAUUCAGGAUGACGACGGAAGCGGUCAGAUAACAAUCAAUCUGCUAGAAAGCGUUGAAGGUUUCACGUAUCGAGCGACGUUCUUCGAAAAGGUCAAAUUUGCUAUGCCAUCAAUCAACGGAGACGUUUGCGGUGAAAUCGACGAAAGUACCGCUGAGGGACUUCUCAUGAAGAUACUUUCGGAGAUCAUUGACACUGAUGAUUGUCCGGUCCCAGCUGGGAGUUACCCGGUGAAGAAGUCGUUCUCAGUUAAAGGAGAUGCUUUCAAGGACGUUCUACCACCGGGCUUCGAAGUCGGUGGUAUCAGAGUGGUCCUUAGUCACCCGGAGAAAGAGGGCACCAGUCAGCAAGCCGUUUACAUAUCCGUUAAAGUGACGGAGGUCAAGUAAAUUAAAUUUGGAAACGACAAAGUCAACAGUUUUUACUUUUAUCAUAUGGCAUCAGCGUAGCAAUAACUGCUGCUUAAAUAAAAAAAGCUUUAAUUAAUUUAA